CACAAGUAGAGUCGCUCCACAUUUACACGUGUAACACAUGUCCUCUUAACACACAAAAAAAAAAAAAACAAGAAACUCCAAAAAGCUCUUCGAAUCCUCCGCUUCGCAAAAGACCUUCUUGAGAACCUACCGAUCUCUAAUCUCUGAUGAGAAUGACACUCAUCGUAUAAAUCCAAACCGGCUUUGUGUAGAAAUCUUGAAAAAGACAAGAAAAGAUGUUAGGAAGAUCUGCAUUUUCAAGAACCGGAGGUUUCCGACCAGAGAAUCUAGGACAAAACGCAGUGAACUUAAUCGGAAGCAUAGGUCUGUCUUUACUCGUAAUCGGAGUCGUGGUUUUCACCAUUAUCGCUGCUACAUACGAACCAGAAGAUCCACUUUUUCACCCAUCUGACAAAAUCACAACUUUCCUCACAUCAAAUUCAGACGCUACUCUCAAAUCCGACGACAGUGUUGUUAAAACAGGGGAAGAUUUCAUGGCGGCUAACCAAACAGCGUUCUCUGGUUUCAUCAAGAUAGCUGAUGUUGAAACAUCUGAGAAUGAUUCAGAUACUAAUCAGCUAGAUUGUGAUACAAAGAUCCCAAUUGAUUGUAAAGAUCCUGAAGUUUUCCACUUGAUGAUGAAAGCAGCUAUAGAGAAGUUCAAAGACAUUCACUUUUAUAAGUUUGGUAAACCUGCAGCAGUGGAAGGUGUUAGUUCUUGUGAUAUGGCUUGGCGUUAUAGGCCUAAGGAUGGUAAAACGGCUGCGUUUUAUAAGGAUUAUCGUAGGUUUGUGAUUGAAAAGUCUGAGAAUUGUAGUGUUAGUGUGAUGGGGAUUGGUGAGUAUCAUUCAGGUGUGAAUGCUAGGAAGAGGAAGAGGAUUUUGAAACCCGGGUUUGAGAAAACGAGUGGUAAGGUUGAUGAUUUCUCAUUGCCUGUGGUUGGUGAAGUAGUGAAUGAUUCACUUCCUGUGGUUGAGUCUGAGAAUGCUUUUAAAGAAGGUCAUUACUUGGUUUAUGUUGGUGGAGGAGAUAGGUGUAAGAGUAUGAACCAUUUCUUGUGGAGUUUCUUGUGUGCUUUAGGGGAAGCAGAGUAUUUGAACAGGACAUUAGUUAUGGAUUUGACUCUUUGUCUGUCUUCAGGUUAUACUUUGUCUGGUCAGAACGAGGAAGGUAAGGACUUCAGGUUUUACUUUGAUUUUGAGCAUUUGAAAGAAGCUGCUUCUGUGUUAGACCAAGUGCAGUUUUGGACUGAUUGGGGUAAAUGGUAUAAGAAGAAUGGAUUGAAACUUCAUUUUGUUGAAGACUUUAGAGUCACACCGAUGAAGCUUGUUGAUGUAAAGGACACAUUGGUAAUGAGGAAGUUUGGGAGUGUAGAACCAGAUAACUAUUGGUAUAGAGUUUGUGAAGGGGAAACAGAAUCUGUUGUGCAAAGGCCAUGGCAUUUAUUGUGGAAAUCUAAAAGACUAAUGGAGAUUGUUUCUGCAAUUGCUUCAAGACUAAACUGGGACUAUGAUGCUAUUCAUAUUGAGAGAGGGGAGAAGGUGAGAAACAAAGGAGUUUGGCCUAAUCUUGAAAAGGAUACUUCACCAAGCUCUAUCUUAUCUACCCUUCAGGGAAAAAUCGAACAAGGAAGGAAUCUUUAUAUUGCAACAAAUGAACCAGAUGUAUCUUUCUUUAACCCCUUGAAAGAUAAGUAUAAACCUCAUUUUCUUGAUGAGUUUAAGGAUCUUUGGGACGAGAGUAGCGAAUGGUAUUCAGAGACGACAAAGCUUAAUGGAGGAAACCCAGUCGAGUUUGACGGUUACAUGAGAGCUUCUGUUGAUACAGAAGUGUUCUUGAGAGGGAAGAAACAGAUUGAAACAUUCAAUGAUCUUACUAAUGACUGUAGAGAUGGAAUCGGCACUUGCAAUGUAGCAGCAAGCUGAUCUCUCUCUGACAGUGAUGUAUUUGUCGGCUGGAACUCGCGCAGUUGGUUGUUUGGGCCUCUCCUGUUUUGUUCCUCUCCAGCUAGAGGUGGUCACAUGUUUUAGGAUCAAACAGAGCUUUUCUUUUAUGUAAAUAGAUAUAUAAGUGUACCUGAAAUGUGGUGUAGCUACAGCAGCAAAAGUCUUCAUUACAUUUAUGGUAAUGUUUGCUUACCGGUUAAUAUAGUAAUGCAGUUUU